AUGGCGGCUCUCUCCAGAAAAUGCUGCAACAACAACAACAAGCUUCUAUGCACAUUCAGUCCUCGACUGAAUCGUCUCAGGUCUCAACCUCGUAGAGAAAUUAUUCAGUCGAGACAACAGAGAAUUACAAAAAUCGUGGAAAAUCUCAACAAAACUACUCUACCAGAGGAAAUGAAGGCUAGAUAUAGGGCCAUGAUACUUAAUGGCGAACUUCUUCCGGAAAACAUAAACAAAUUGUUAACGGACAGCUAUAACAUGUCUGAGUUCGGAACGUGCGUCGGUUCAGAACUCAAUCGCUCAGCCCGAGAACUCAACUCAAGCAGUGAUUUCGGCUCUUCUAAUGACAACACCAACACAAAUCACACAGACUCGCUACGGCCGCCAAGCGAGUAUAUAAACCACUACUUUAUGGCGAGCGACUAUUCGUCUAUGACUGCUCGGAAUUUGUGUGUUCAAAUACAGUUCAGAUAUUAA